AUGCGAUCUACACGCCGAACGGUUACUCUCAAUUACGAACAGCAUCUGAGGACUCAGAACUGCUGCUACCAGCGCCAUGGCCGCUUCAAGCGUGCCAUCCAACCACUGGAACUGAGUAACUUCUUCGGAGCUCUAUACAGUGAGAGUCUACCAACUCAAUACAAUGUCGGCUUUACAUUGAAUGAUCCAAACACAAAUGUUGCUACGGAUUGUGAUGUUGUCUGGGCAAACGGCGAAGCAGGAACACUCCUAUUCAACUGCUCCAACCCAGCAUACCAAGUCAACUUCCCUGACGGAAUCUAUGAUAUCGAGGACUUCGUUCUACGAGUUUCCAGGGCUGAUGGUACUGAGGCGGGUCAGAAUACUGUUUCUGGAGAUGAUUGA